AUGCUUUUAUCCAAGAGCGGUAAACGAUUCUUAUCAUUUAAAUCAGCACCACCAGGAUUGGCACCACUACCAUUAGGGUCACGAGAGGCUAUAUACAGGCAAGGAUAUCUCAGGAAAAAACCAAAUCCUGGUACAAGAGGAAACUCGAGUUUUCGACCAAAUAAUCACCAAGAUCAACCAAUUAAAGGUAUCCCCAUCCCCAUGAUUUCGUUUGUCUACAACUAUUUCUUUAACCGAACAUAUGCCACUAGCUGUGCCGCUUCUGUUGCUUCUGCCGCUUCUGCCGCUUCUGCUUCUGCUGCUACAAAGACGAAUAAUACAAGUUUCUCCUCAGACGAUAUCAACAAGUUCCAUCCGAAACUUUGUGCGAUAUUCCAACAAUUGGAUUCAAUUGCACCGAGAUUCCUAUUACGCAAAGGUGAUGUCGAAAUCAUCCAAGAACCAAGCCAGUUUUAUCAACUUUUGCUAAAAAAGAUCAAAAAUGCUCAACGAAGAAUAUUCUUAUCCUCCUUGUACAUUGGGAAAUCUCAAUUUGAAUUAAUCGAUUGUUUGGAUGAGGCGCUUUAUAAGAAUAUCGAUUUGAAGGUUUCGAUAUUGACCGAUUGUUUAAGAGGUACAAGAGAGGCACCACAUCAUCCUUGUUCCGCUUCGUUACUAGUUUCUUUGGAACAAAAAUAUGGUAAAUCAAGAGUCGAUAUACGAAUGUACCAUACACCCCAUUUAUCGGGUAUCACAAAGUCCUUAGCACCAAAGAGAAUAAAUGAAAGUUGGGGGUGUCAGCAUAUGAAACUAUACGGAUUCGACGAAGAGGUUAUUCUUUCUGGAGCAAACCUAUCUCAGGAUUACUUUACUAAUCGACAAGAUCGUUACUAUUUGUUCAAGAGUAAACAGCUUUGUGAUUACUACUAUAGACUCCACAAUGCAAUAUCCUCAAUUUCAUACCAAAUUCAGCAUACUGACAAACUAAAACAAGGCUUUAAAUUAGUAUGGCCUGUGACUAAUGCAACUUGUGAGCCCCAUUUGAACCAACAUCGAUUUAUUAGUGAUUGCAGCCACUUGUUGCAGCCGAUUCUUAAGCAACACGAAUUGAAAUCUUUUGACGAGUUUAGCAAUCAUCUGGAUUUCGAUACAAUAGUGUAUCCAGUAUCACAAUUUACUCCACUUUUCCCCAAACAACAAGAUUUGUCAACUGAAAAACCAGCAAUAUUGAGACUAUUGUCAUCAUCGUAUUUAAACUCACCGGAUAUUAAAUGGUGGUUUACUGCCGGGUACUUCAAUAUGUUGCCUCAAAUUCAAGAUAGGUUGAUGAAUAGCAAUGCAAUAGGGAAGGUAAUCACAGCAUCGCCAAAGGCAAAUUCAUUUUACAAGAGUCCCGGUGUAUCGUAUUACCUACCCGAAGCUUAUUUAUUGAUUGCAAAGAAAUUUUUGGAAACGGUUAAGAAAUUGGGCAAGGAUUCAUUAAUUACGGUUUACGAAUGGCAACGCGGGGUUGUUAACACUCCAGGCGGCUGGACAUACCAUGCAAAGGGUAUUUGGAUCACCGUUCCCAAAGAAGAAGAUCCCAGUAUUACUGUGGUUGGUUCGUCAAACUAUACGAAAAGAGCAUAUAGUUCAGAUUUGGAAAGUAAUGCCAUUUUAAUUACAAAAGAUCCACAACUUAAGCGCAAUAUGACUUUGGAAAUUAACCACUUGAUGGAGAAUGUCACUGAAUUGAACUUGUCCGACUUUGAACCAAGACUAUUAUCCCCUUCUUCCAAAACCACCACCACCACCACCACCACCACCACGACUACCACCACGACUACUCCUCCUUCCUUAUCAACAGCACACCAGAUAAAUGGUGAUGAUGUGGCUGUACUGGGUAACCCCAUGGACAAGAUUCCGGACCAGCAAAACUUAGAACCACCACCGAGAUAUGCAAUUGAUGAGGAUAGAAGAAUCAGUUACGGCGUACAUUUAGCUGUGAAAUUGCUCGGUGGGAAACUAUAG